AUGGACCAUAAGAGGAGCAUAGAGUCCCACCUCUCCAGCAACAAUACAUGGGAGGUGUGGCAGGGAAUACAAAACAUCACAAACUACAGAGGCUGUGAUGAAACAAUAGGAGAUCUGAGUGUGCAGCUAGCAGAGGAGCUAAACUGCUUCUUUGCUCGCUUUGAAUCAUCACAACAGCAGCACUCACCUGCUCCAGCCCUGCUCCCACCCUCACUGGGUCCCUGCACUACUCCACUCACUGUAAAGGGGCACAAUGUGAGACGGGAGCUCCUGGCGGUGAACCUCAAGAAAGCUGCCGGCCCUGAUGGCGUGCCUGGUAGGGUGAUCAGAGCAUGUGCCCACCAGCUCACCUUUAUCUUCACCAAAAUCUUCAACCUCUCCCUAGCCCAGGCAGUCAUUCCAUCCUGCCUAAAAUCAGCCACAAUCAUUCCAGUGCCGAAGAAGUCUCCCAUCACCAGCCUAAAUGAUUAUCGCCCUGUGGCCCUCACUUCGGUAAUCAUGAAGUGCUAUGACAGACUGGUUCUCCAGCACAUCAAGGACUAUCUCCCCCAAGACUUCGAUUCCUACCAAUUCGCAUAUCGCGCGAACAGAUCCACAGAAGACGCCAUCACCGUAGCUCUCUACUCUGUGCUAAGCCAUCUAGAGAAGCAGCAGAGCUACAUCCAGAUGCUCUUUGUGGAUUACAGCUCAGCUUUUAAUACAAUCAUUACUGACAUUCUCAUCACCAAACAGGUCACUCUUUGUCUCCCCCCUCUCACAUGUGUCUGGAUAAAAGACUUUCUUACCAACCGGCUCCAGACUGUUUUGCUGGCUUUCAUCAAAUCACCAGAAAUGCAAGAAGAAUUUAUUACCAACAAUUUUUCUCAUAACAAAUUUGUUUUGAUUGGAUUUCCAACCCUCUACCAAUAUAGACGAGUGCUUUUUGUGCCAUUCUUCCUGUUAUUUGCCCUAAUAUUGAUUGGCAACUUAGUUAUAAUCCUUGUUAUUAAAAAAGCAGAAACCCUGCACAGCCCCAUGUAUUUAUUAAUUUCAUACAUGGCUGCUGUAGAUAUAAUUGUUCCAUUGGCAAUUGUUCCCAACAUGCUGUUUGGCUUUUUAUUUGACUGGAAUGAGAUUUCAUUGGCUGGCUGCUUGGCUCAGAUGUUUAUUGUUCACUUUAUAUCAUCAUUCGAAUCCACCAUCCUCCUUACAAUGGCGCUGGAUAGGUAUGUUGCCAUUUGCAAUCCAUUGCGUUAUGCUGAAAUUAUGAAUUAUUCAGUGUUUUUAAAAAUAGGUCUUUUUGCAGUGCUAAGAAGUGGAACAUUAAUGUCCAUACUGAUAAUACUUGCUACUCCAUUGCAUUUUUGCAAGUCAAAUGUAAUUAAACAAUGUUACUGUGAACAUAUGGCACUUGUUACACUGGCUUGUGACAACAUCACUUUAAAUAACAUAAUGGGCUUAGUAAUGGCAUAUACAAUUGUUGGGUUUGAUAUAUUUUGCAUAGCUUUUUCAUAUGUCAAGAUUAUACAAAGUGUCCUCAAAACAGCAUCUUCCAAAGAGCGCCAGAAAGCCUUUAAUACUUGUGGAACACAUUUGAUUGUUAUGUCAUUCUUCUAUAUUUCUGGAAGUGUAACUUUUGUGGCUUAUAGAGUUAGCAACACAAUUUCCACUGAUCUCCAUACUUUGUUAGGUGUGCUUUAUUUAGUUUUCCCUGCCAGCAUAAAUCCACUCAUUUAUGGAGUACGAACCAAAGAAAUUAGACAAUAUUUGUGGAAAAUAUUUAAACAAAGGAAAAUGGCCAUCAACACACAUUUUCCUUUAUCUGUAAAAAAAUGA